GAAGGGAACAGCAAACUACUUGGGCUUCCAAAGGAGUAGUCAAGUGAGUCUGUUGUAGGGAGAGAAACGUCAAAGAUUCUUGUGUGAAGAAGACUGGUGUACAUGUCCUAGUCCACGAAAGCUUCUAGCACCACAAUAAUUGUGUUAGUCUUUAAGGUGCCACUAAACUGUUCCUUAUUUUGGUCUCCGGUCACCAUGAGCUGGCAGGACCUACUGGUGGAAUGUCUUCUAAUUACAGCUUGCGCAAACUUACCUUGCAAUGGCAAAGUCCUGAAUAAUGAAAAGCAGGUCAAGGAAGCUCUGAAAUCCACUUCAUUCCUGCCGAGAGUUUUGUUUUCUCUGUUGCUGACUCCUUCCAACCAGCCCCUCACCAUUCUUCCGUACAGUCAGUCAGAAACUUCAGCCACGGAGUUAAGCCGCCAAGAGACCACACAACCAGUCAACCAAAUAACUCAUUCAGUGGGAGAAGCUAAGAUAAUAACAACAGGAUCAGUACAACCAGUCAACCAAAUUGCAGGCCAACCACAGGCAAAACCUGCAGUGGCUUCUAAGGUGACAUCUGCAAAUCUCACAUAUCUGUCCAGUCAAGCUACCAUACAUACAGUGGUGAAAACUACAGCGGAUGCCAAGAGGACAGUUAGGCAGUUUGAACCACCAGUUGACCAGCCUGGGAUUUAUAGAGCCAUAAAGGAAACGGCAGUUACUCAGAGGACAACUGCAAAACCUGAACCACCAAGGAGCCAGAAAAUGGCCAUUCCUGUCCAGCCAGCUACUACAGACAACGCAAAUAAGACUAUAUUGGAGACAACCAACAAGCACCCAGCGUAUUUGAGUAAAGAAGCAACAACUAACAGAGCAACACUCCACAAGAACAUGACAUCUGUUAUGACCACUGCUCCCUUGUCAACGGCUCCAGUUGGGCCUACCCUCCAACCUAAACCAUCCCCAGCUGCAACUGGAGCUUAUAAUGUUUCUAAUGGAACUGCAGAGUGCAUUAAAGCCUUAAUCGGCUUGACAAUGAUAGUUAAAAAGAGAAAUACAAGUAACUUAGAAUAUUUUAAUAUUGAUCCGAACACCACACACACAACAGGAAUGUGUGGAAUUCAGCUAUCAACUCUAAACAUCUCAUUUCAUGGAGGCUUCAUGCGUUUUACUUUUACCAAGAAUGGAGAGGUAUACUAUGUCAGUGUGAUUGAAGCCAAUUUUACAGUACCCUCUGAAGGUUCACUGUACAGUGGGAUUAAAGCCGGCAAGCUCUUUUCAGCUCCAGUAGGGAAAUGCUUUAAGUGUUUCAGCGUGCAAACUGUGGACAUGGCCAACAAUUUUCAACUGCUGGUUGUCAAUUCCCAACUUCAAGCCUUUGAUAUCGUUGGCAACCAGUUUGGGAAAGAAGAAGAGUGUGCUCUUGACAGAAACAAGAAAGUGAUUCCAGUUACAUUGGGCCUCAGCCUUGCAGGAUUAUUUGUCAUUGUGCUCGUCACCUGUGUGAUUUACAGAAGAAAACCAAACCGAGGAUAUGAUCGUAUCUGAAUCAUGAAUU